UCCAGUGGAGGUCUCGGAGUAGGUGGGGUUCUUAUAAACCAGAGGAAACAUUUCUCAACACUGUACCACUGACGUAAACAGAUCGGCUAACAUUUACUUGUCUUAUCCUUGUAGUGAAUUCAGAGCAACACAUGGCAUUUACAAGCUACAUUUAAAAAUCGUCUUGAAAGCUUUUAAAAGUUUCUCGUGUAGCUACACCAUAAAAGUGUUGUUUUGAUUCAGUCGCUAUCAUUGCUGUGGUGACUGCUUGCUAACACUAAUAUACUACACUGAAAAGCCUCCGGGCAGCCGUCAAACGUGCUUUUCAGACACUACGAUUUAUUUUGUGGUCUGGGAAACAAAAAACGAAUACGUUUUUAAAAAGAAAAAUAAAUCUCAAUGAAAACGACAUUCCCCUUUCGUGAUGAAAAUGUAACGCGGAUAAUUACGAGUGCGAGGAUGUGCUUCAACUAGGGAUUUUCCGAUCAAGCUGUUUUCACGGCAUCAAGCAACAUCGUUCAACACGCUUGAAUCUUUUCUCUAUACGUCAAAAGCGUAAAAUGGUAACUUUUUAAAAGACUGGUUAUUCGAUCAAGAGCAGGGCACGAUAUUUUGUAUCGUUCCUCUACAAAACCACUGCACUUCCUCUAUUUUCGGAACCUCCCCCGCUGUAUCAAAUACAGUACGUCGUGCGAGCAGCUGCUGAUUAAACUCAAUUUGGAUGACGGCUCGCUGGACUAAAGGCAACCCUGCUGCGAUGUAGACUUCAAAAGGUUUAAAACGUAACUGUUGCUCUGGGCACAGUGGAGAAAAGCAUCACUAUGGAGUACGUGAAUGAAAAUGAAGGGAUAAGACUUUUAUUAGCUCACAUGAAUUUGGAGGAUUUUAUCAGCGUUAUGGGGACCUUUUAUCCCGACGAAGGAGCAGAAUUGUUUGAAGAGAGCCUCACCCAAGAGGAAAUGGACGAAAAUGUGGAAAUUGUGGAUUCUUUGGUACCAGAAGAUAAUAAAGACAAUCUUCUGGUGGAAAGAGUCAGAUAUGGAACAGUCGCAGACCUUCUGACGUUUGCUAACCGGGUUUCUAAUACACCACCGGCUGUUUUCAAGCACCAGUCACAAGAGGCGGGCGUGCUGUUAAACAAGGAAGACAUGGUGGUGAAAGAUGGGCGCUAUCGUUUUGACUCUGACGUGCUCCUGUUUCCCUGGAAACUGACCUACAGGAGCCCUGGCUCAGGGCACAUCCCCAAGGGAUCUUUUGGGAAAGUCCAUCUGGCUCAGGACACAGAAACCAGAAAGCGAAUGGCAUGUAAACUUAUUCCCGUGGAGCACUUUAAGCCAGCGGAUGUGGAAAUCCAGGCAUGCUUCCGGCAUGAGAACAUUGCCGAGCUUUACGGAGCCCUGCUGUGGGACCAGACGAUUCACCUCUUCAUGGAAGCGGGAGAGGGGGGCUCCGUACUGGAGAAGCUGGAGAGCUGUGGCCCCAUGAGGGAAUUUGAGAUCAUCUGGGUCACCAAGCAAGUUCUGAAGGCCCUGGAGUAUUUGCAUUCCAAGAGUGUUAUUCACCACGACAUUAAACCCAGCAAUAUAGUGCUGAUGUCAACCAAAGCUGUUCUGGUGGAUUUUGGCCUCACUGUCCAAAUGAGGGAAGAUGUCUACAUUCCAAGGGAUCUUCGCGGGACUGAGAUGUACAUGAGCCCCGAGGUGGUUCUCUGCAGAGGUCACACGACGAAGGCCGACAUUUACAGCCUGGGCGCCACGGUCAUUCACAUGCAGACAGGCAGCCCUCCCUGGGUGAAGAGAUACCCUCCUUCUGCCUAUCACUCCUAUCUGUAUAUAAUCCACAAGCAGGCCCCGCCGCUGGAGGACAUUGCCGAGGACUGCAGCGCGCCCAUGCGGAGGUUCCUGGAGGGGGCCCUGGAGAGAAACCCCAAGCAGCGGCGCUCGGCCGCCGAGCUGCUGCGGGACGAGGCCGUUAACCCCCCGCGGGCGGAUCAGCCGCGCUGCUGGAGCCUGGACUCCGCCCUGUGGGAGGGGACGCACCCCAUGCUGCGCCAGCAGAGCCAGGUGGCCGACUCCACCCAGGACUCAUCUAUAUGCAGCAAUGAAGACUCUAUACACCUGAAGAGAAAGGGAUCCCUGUAUAUUGACCUGGGUGCCCUAGCAGACUACUACAACAUAGUAAGAGGGCCCCCAGCUUCUGAGUAUGGCUAGCUCGCAGACACCGGCCCUCCAGCGCAGGAAGGCCUGUUCAUGAGGAACGCGGGAGGUGCCAGUCAAUUAGAAUUCGACAGGGGCCCAGAACAUUUACUGGGGUGACUUGUGGAGUCAGUGCCUUGGAAAGGCCUGACCCUGUGCUUGAGGGACAGCCGAGUGGAAUGUAGCCCCGUGUCCAAGCUCAGCCAUGCACCCACGGUGAACAAGCUGGACCCAUGGUUUUGAGGGACGUUCUCAUAUAACAGCAUUUGAGGACGCUUCCAGGCAUUAAGACAGCGUUAUGCAUUGUAUAAUGUGAUGUAAAACAUAUAAAAUCAAUAAACCUAUAAACUUUUAAACACGGAAUAGUGCACUAUAAAAAAUGUAGCUAUUGUCAGCAACUACUGUUUCAGAGGUACUAGCAAUGCUUGGGGAUAUCGGUAGAUAAUUCUUGUGUGAUGUGUACAUAUCAAAUAUUAUGUUUCUAAUAGAAAUGAUUCAUGCUGAUUCACUGCCUAUCACCUAGGCAAACAAUGAUCUGCCUCUUUAUAUUGCUUCUAAAUACAAGGUUAGCUUGUGUUUACGUACUUGUUCCUAUGGAAGAGACACUUUUGUAUUUGCUGUGCAGGUUGCCUAAAACUGUUUACCAUGCAAUAGGUUUGUGUAAUAACAGAGUGUACUGGCUGUAUAGCUUUCAGUGUACAUCCGAUGAGAUGAAAAUAUUAAUCCUUUACAUGUUUGGGAUUUGUGCUUGUGACAUAGAUAAAUGUUAAAGAUUAAAGAUUCUUUUGUAACAUCA